CGUCUCCCUCUCUCUUCUUCUCUCUCUCACUCAGACACGCAGAAACGCUCGCGCAACCCCAGCUUCAACACAUACCUCACACUUAUGCCGACUGGCACCCAAGGACAGAGCACCCUCUCUCUCUCUCUCCCUCUCCCUCCCUCCCUCUCUAUCUCUCUCCCUCUUUCUCUCCCUUUCUCUGUCUCAGUCCUGCUGUCUGGGUCUGUGAGAGUGUGUGUGUUUCUGGGCUUCCCCGACUCCGAGCCGAGCUGAGCUCACACACUCCUGAGCAUUUAAGGACGAGAACCAGGAGGAAGAGGAGGGCCAUGGAGCACAGCCACAUCUUCCCCCUCCUUUCCCCCCCCAACAGCAGUGCCUGGAGCCCGGGGCAGCAGCCGGCCGACACUCCCCAGGGUUGCCCCCUCGGACCACUGCCUGUCAUCUACUACAGCGCCCUGCUCUGCCUCGGCCUGCCCGUGGCCAACAUACUCACUGUCAUCAUCCUCUCCCAGCUGGUGUUACGGCGUCAGAAGUCCUCCUAUAACUACCUUCUGGCGCUCGCCGCCGCUGACAUCCUGGUCCUCCUGCUCAUCGUCUUCGUCGACUUCAUAUUGGAGGACUUCAUUUUGGGCGCGCCCCUUCCCCCCUCCCUCAACAAGGCAGUCCAGGUCCUGGAGUUCUCCUCCAUCCACACCUCCAUCUGGAUCACGGUCCCCUUGACCGUUGACCGUUAUAUUGCAGUCUGUCACCCGUUGAAGUAUCAUAGCGUUUCCUACCCGGCCCGCACACGGCGGGUCAUCAUGGGCGUCUAUAUGGGGUGUUUGGUGUCUGCGGCGCCUUACUACUGGUGGCCUGAGCUGUGGCAUGGUUUACCUGGAGGUGGUACAGGAAGUGGAGGAAGGGGGAGUAGUAGUAGUGCUGCGCAGCAUGUGCUAGUCUGGGUGCACUGUGCGACUGUCUAUCUCCUCCCCUGCUCCGUCUUCUUCUCCCUCAAUGCAAUGAUCGUCAGGAAGCUCCAGCGCCGUCGCAGCUGCUUCCGCCUGCGCGGCUACUCCACGGGCAAGACCACCGCCAUCCUACUCGCCAUCACUUCCGUGUUUGCCGUCCUCUGGGCACCACGCACCGUCGUGAUCCUUUACCACCUGUACACGGCGCCGCCGGCGUCCCCGGGUCCCGCCCGCCUUCUGCACCUCCUAACCGAUGUGGCGAACAUGCUAGCUCUCCUAAACACCGGGGUCAACUUCUUUCUCUACUGUUUCAUCAGCAAGCGUUUCCGGACUAUGGCGGCCACGGUUCUCCGGACGUUGUUCCGAUGCCGUAAGCAGCCGCCGCCGUUCUACGCUGGACACAACUUCUCUAUCACCAGUAGCCCCUGGAUCUCCCCUGCCAACUCCCACUGCAUCAAGAUGCUGGUAUACCAGUACGAUAAGAACGGCAAGCCCAUCUGCAUCUCCUCGUGAGGGGGGAAGUGUGGAGGGUUUCCCUGACGACCGACCUUGAUGAUGACCCGAUUCUGGGACUCUUUGAGCUUUUCAAAUGUCAACAGACAUUUAGAGUGGAGGGCUGGAAAGGUGGAGGAGAGGAAAGGAGAGGUGGAGGAGAGGAGAUGGAGGAGAGGAGAGGAGAGGUGGUGGAGAGGAGAGGUAGAGGAGAGAAGAGUUAGAGGAGCGUCUGAGAAGAGGAGACGGAAAGAUAUGUGGUUGGUGUAUGAAUACGCAACAAUCUAUCUAUCUAUCUGAACUGAGAGAAAGAAUGUUUGAGAAUAAGAAGAAGAAGAAAAGUUGAGAAAUCAAGUAGGAAUGUUGCUGAGCACAAACAGCAGAACAGAACUCACAACCCAGCAACAGUGUGUUGAGAACCAUCUCUCCACUCGUUCAUGCGGAAAAGCAAUCUAACAGACUGAUCAUUCAGCCUGGAUAACUGCCUAUCUUUUUGACUGUAUUACUGCUCCGACAGUGUCUGACGAUGAGCUUUGACUGUGAUCAGGGACUGAUAAACGAGCAUCAUGGCGGCUGCUUAUUACUGGGUUUUAUAGCCAGCCGUUUGUAAAUGGGAAUGGAGAGUGACAACUGAGGAAUUCCUCUGUGACAUAUCAACCUCGCUUUGACAUUGGGACGUUUUUGGUACUGUCUCUGAUAUACUGCUGUCGACGGAUGGGGAGGAGGAGGUGAUGGGGGAGGGACGGUGGGAGGAUGAGGGAGGCUCUGAAUCUGAACAGAUGGCCAUCAUCCAACAGGAGCCCUCUCUAGUCAAAGAGUUCAUCGCAGAGACUCUCAGCGAGAGAAACCACUCACCUUUGAAGAGGUACCCGUUGCAUUGAUGCUCAAGUCUUUAGUGAUGGCCUUAGAUGAUUUGAUUCACAAUCACUACCAUGUCCCCUGACGUGUUUUGAAACUCUGCUGACAUUUCCUGUUAAUAUAUAGUGGGUCUCAGAGGUGCAUUAGACAUUACAAGAGACUUUUUAUUAAAAAACGGAUCUGUGGAUUUUAAGAUGUUCUCGGUGAGUGAAUUCAUCAAAGAUGGAAGGGAUUGGGAAAGAUAACCAUCCAAUCAGGAGCCAUCUCACAGGUGUUGUUAAGGAUAAGUAGGAGCUGCCUGUUGUUGUCAUGGUGAAGGAUUAUGGUAGACUUGACUGUUAGAUCAGUGUUCUUUAAUACCGAUCUUGACGACACAUACAUGUGCAGGUUUUUGUUCUAGCCCAGUACUAACACACUUGAUUCAGCAAAUCAACUGAUCAAGCAAUUUGAGUGGUUGAAUCAAGGUGUGCUAGGUGUGUUAGUGCUGGGACCAGGAUUGAAGGAGAUUGUUGUAGACGCACAAAAAUAAAGCAAAACAAUUACAGCAAAACAAGUAGAGGUUCCAUAGGAUCAGUAAUCUUGUAACCAUGGAUUCCACAAUUUUAAAAGGAGGACAUUACUACCAUUUUAAAGAGUCUUCAAUUAAAUAUUGGUGGUCUUUGAUGAUUGUCUUAGUCAUAUUAGAAUGAAUGUAUUUGUGCAGCUCCUCAGACCCUUGACUUUAUAUCACUGACUAGAUCGUGUGUGUGUGUGUGUGUGUGUGUGUGUGUCUGUCUGUAUGUAUGUGAGAGAGCAAGAGAGGGAGAGAGACAGGCAGAGAGAAAGAGAGAGAUAGAGAGAGUAAACGAGAGUUCAUUAAUCAAUAACGCCAGAGGUGUGGUAUAUGGACAAUAUACCACGGCUAAAGGGUUGUUCUUAUGCACGAUGCAGAACGGAGUGCCUGGACACAGCCCAUAGCCCCUUAGCCGUGGUAUAUUGGCCAUAUACCACAUACCCCUGAGGUGCCUUAUUGGUAUUAUAACCAGGUUAACAAUGUAAUUAGAACAGUAAAAAGCCAGUUUAUUCGCACUCUCAUAGCUGUAUCUUUCUAUUCUCUCUUCAACCCUCCUCUGUCUGACUGGCACGAGGGUGAGAAAUCAGAUGACUGAGAAACUAUGAAUUUAUGAAGCCACGACAACUCAUAGAUCAACUGUGUUCUGUCCUGCCCAGAAACAACCUAUAAAACCAGCCAGGUUGCUCACGAUUGACUGCGAAAUUUGAAGUCCGUCCAGGUAACCAGGACGUCAGUAGAAGACUUAAAAAAUGUCCGCUAGGGGCAAUGGUGAGGGCUAUUACCAUCAUGUAGGCUUGGGUUUUGCUAGGGCAAUGUGGAUGGGGAUGGGGGAUGGCCGUGUUCGAUCCAACUGCUAGGUUUUAAGCCUAUCCCAAGCCUUAACCCUUACCUUAACCAUUCGGAAUUAAUGCCUGAACUUUAAACAUCUAGGUACACUCAAGUGUCUUAUAUCGGUUAAAAGCUUAAAUUCUUGUUAGUCUAACUGCAUUGUCCGAUUUACAAUAGGCCUUACAGCGAAAGCAUGCUAUGCGAUUGUUUGAGGACGGCGCCCCAUAUCAACAUAUUUUUCAACCAGCACAGGCCUCAUAAAAAUCACAAAUAGAGAUGAAAUAAUCACUUACUUUUUGAAAAUCUUCCUCUGAUUUGCAAUCCAAAGGGUCCCAGCUAUAACAUGCA